AUGCCCGAGCUAUUCAGUUCAAUGCCUUCCAAUCCACAGAUCCACGUGCAGUAUCUGGCCCCAGGACAUGAACUCAUCACUCCAGAACAAUUCCACGCAUCAAAUCCAGAGAAUCUCGGGGGUAAUCUAGCGAAAAUGUCACCAACGAUGGUAGUGAAAUGGGGGAACCAUGCUUCUCUUAUCGAAGCUAAAAACAUGCUGUAUGUGGCUGGAAGGACAUCAAUUCCCGUCCCAAAACUAUAUGCAGCAUACGCAUACGGGCCGUUGGACCGAGACCUCGGAGACUAUGGGAGUGUCUAUGAUGUAUAUAUCUUCAUGGAGUUCAUCGAAGGCGAAGAUCUAAGAAAGUCAUGGGGCAAGUACAGCGCUGCUGAGAAGCAAACAAUCUUGAUGGAUCUCAAGAAGCACAUGAUUGAGCUUCGCUCUCUUCCCCCAGCCAACUAUAUUGGAUCAGUGGACGAAGGACCAGUCACUGAUCUGAUGUUAGAAUGGUCAACAUCUGCCCGAGGUCUGUCAUUGCACGCAUACGCGAGAACGGAUGGCGAAUUUCUGACCAGAUACCUAGGUCCGUUCAAAAGUAUAGAGGACUUCAAUGCUAAAAUCGUAGAGACCUUCGUUGCCAGAUCCAAGGCCCAGGCCGGCCCGUACAUCCGUGGUAUGUUAAAUACACACAAACAUGGAAUUGUCUUUACUCAUGGAGAUCUCAGACCCGACAACAUCAUCGUCAAAGAUGGUCGCGUAGCAGCGAUCAUUGACUGGGAGCUAUCAGGGUGGUACCCGGAAUACUGGGAGUUCGCCAAGGCAUUUUAUAUCGAAGCCUUUGCUGAUGACUGGGGUUCACAUCUACUUGGGGUCCUCACACCUUAUUAUUGUGAGCAGUUGAUCCAUGCCAGAUUGAUGGAAGUAUUGUGGUAG